UUCUCUUUCAUCUUCUGCUUUUCUGAGUCUCCUACCAUGGCUGUCUCUAGGGUUCUUAUUGCUUCACUUCUCCUCUCUCUCCUUCUACUUCAUGUGGCUGCAGCUAUUGAAGAGGCCAAUGGUAACCAAGUUGCUACCAUAGACUGUAGCUCAGCUUGUAAGGGGAGGUGCCGGCUAGCAUCAAGGAAGCGUCGCUGCAUGAGGGAAUGCAGGUCCUGCUGUAAAAGGUGCAAUUGCGUUCCUCCUGGUACUUAUGGGAAUGAAGACGUCUGCCCAUGCUAUGCCCAUCUGAUGACACACAAUGGGAAAAAACACAAGUGCCCUUGAAAGAACACAACUACUUUGUUUGGACAUUAACCAAUGAGUUCUACAAGCUAGAUAGAUUCUGAUUCUGAUAGUGUUUGUUAUCCAAUAAAGGAAAGUUAAUUCUAUAUAAAACGUUUGUGUUUUAUUCUGUUGUUUUGGUUGUUAUUUAUUGUUGUAUUAGAUCUUUAUGGAAAAAAAGUUGUAUGGAAA